AAAUCCCAACUCUGCAGCCUCCCACUGCAAGCAACACAGAUUCUCCCCUUCUGAACAACUUUCCGAUAAUUUUGUUUGUCUCCGACCGGAAGAAGAUGGAUUCGACGGCGGUGCUCUUUAACCAGCUCAAGACUGCUCAACCGUUUUUCUUGUUAGCUGGUCCGAACGUGAUCGAAUCUGAAGAACACAUUCUCCGGAUGGCCAAACACAUUAAGACCGUCACUGAUAAACUUGGUUUGCCUUUGGUUUUCAAGUCAAGUUUUGACAAAGCUAAUAGGACAUCCUCCAAAUCAUUUCGAGGUCCAGGAAUGAUGGAAGGGUUGAAGAUCCUUGAGAAAGUAAAGGUAGCUUAUGACCUCCCCAUUAUAACAGAUGUGCAUGAAACUAUUCAGUGUGAACCAGUUGGCAGAGUUGCUGAUAUCAUUCAGAUUCCAGCAUUCUUAUGUCGUCAGACAGAUCUUCUAGUUGCAGCAGCCAAGACUGGAAAAAUUAUCAAUAUCAAGAAAGGUCAAUUUUGUGCUCCUUCUGUCAUGGCAAACUCUGCUGAGAAGAUCAGAUUGGCUGGAAACCCACAUGUGAUGGUCUGUGAGAGAGGCACUAUGUUUGGCUAUAAUGAUUUGAUUGUUGAUCCACGAAAUUUGGAAUGGAUAAGAGAAGCUAAUUGCCCAGUUGUAGCAGAUGUAACACACUCGUUACAACAGCCAGCUGGAAAAAAGUUGGAUGGUGGAGGUGUUGCUAGUGGAGGUCUUCGUGAACUAAUACCAUGCAUUGCAAGGACAGCUGUUGCUGUUGGAGUGGAUGGAAUUUUCAUGGAGGUUCAUGAUGAUCCUCUAAAUGCACCAGUUGAUGGUCCAACACAAUGGCCUCUUCGUAACUUGGAGGAAUUGCUAGAAGAGUUGAUGGCAAUAGCUAGGGUAACCAAGGGGAAGCAAAAAUUCAACAUAGAUCUCACACCAUUUCGUGAUUAGAAGAUUCCCAGACUUUUCUAAUAGGGUGUUUGUCCCAAAUUCUAGUGCGUUCCAGUAAUUGCAAGCUUCGGCCACCAUCAAUGUUAUCCUUGGUAGCCGGCACAAUUAGACCCUGCCAUAGCCCCUCGAAGCUGAAGUUAUUUAUGUAAAACUAAAAGCAACUUAUUUGUAGUAUUGUAUUGAUUGAUCUUGCUAGUUGCUACUGACGGAUGAUAUCAGCUAAUAAACUUGCUUCUAUUGU